UGAGCAGCACAGGGAGGAGGAGGAACACAUACAUAACACUACUCAGGGAGGGAGAAAAGACUUUCUGACAGUUGCACGAUGAAGAAUCGACUGUGAGGUGCUUUUAUAAACGUUGUGACGAUGAUCCGGAAACUCAGCGGUGCGACUUUUAAGGCUGUUGGAGCAGCGAAGCCGAUAAAGGACGUUACAACCAGACGGCUGCACAGCACGUAUGACGUGGCCGUGGUUGGGGGCGGCAUCGUCGGCCUGGCGACAGUCAGAGAGCUCAGCCUGAGACACCCGUCCCUCAGCUUCAUCCUGCUGGAGAAAGAGAAAGAGCUCGCUGUGCACCAGAGUGGGCACAACAGUGGAGUCAUUCACAGCGGGAUCUACUACACGCCGGGGUCUCUGAAGGCCCGUCUGUGUGUGCGAGGAGCCACUUUAGCCUACGAGUACUGUGACAAGAAAGAACUCCCUUACAAGAAAUGUGGAAAGCUCAUCGUGGCCACGGAGCAGGAGGAGAUACCCAGACUGCAGGCUCUGUAUGAGCGCGGCAUGAAGAACAACGUGCGUGACCUCACUAUCGUCGAUGCCAAGGGAAUCCGAGAGCGAGAGCCGUACUGCAGGGGUAUCAUGGCUUUGGAUUCGCCGUACACCGGCAUCGUAGACUGGAGGAUGGUGGCUCUCCGGUACGGCCAAGACUUUGUGGAGGCGGGCGGCACGGUGGUAACUGAAUCUGAAGUCAAUGACAUUUCCAUGGUCAAGGAGAGCCCAUCCGGGAGCACUGAAGGAAUGAAAUAUCCAAUCGCAGUCACAGACAAAAAGGGUAAAGAGGUGCGAUGCCGUUACGUCCUGACCUGUGGAGGCCUGUACUCAGACCGCCUGUCUCAGAUAUCCGGAUGCAGUCGAGAGCCGCGGAUCGUCCCCUUCAGAGGAGAUUAUCUGGUCCUGAAACCAGAGAAACACUAUCUGGUCAAAGGCAACAUCUACCCUGUGCCUGACCCGGCAUUCCCCUUCCUUGGAGUUCACUUCACCCCGAGGAUGAAUGGGGAUGUUUGGCUCGGCCCCAACGCCGUCCUCGCCUUCAAGCGGGAGGGUUACAAAAUCUACGACUUCAACGUUCGAGACUUUGUAGAUGCUCUCUCCUUCAGAGGCCUUCAGAAGCUGGUGAUGAGGAACAUUAUGUACGGAGUCGGAGAGAUGUAUAGAGGGGUUUUCAUCAGUGCACAGGUUAAACUCCUGCAGAAAUACAUCCCUGAAAUCUCUCGGAGUGACGUGCUCAGGGGUCCUGCAGGAGUUCGAGCUCAGGCUCUCGACCGAGAGGGAAACCUCGUGGAUGACUUUGUGUUCGACGGCGGGGUCGGGGACGUGGGCAGCCGGGUGCUCCACGUGCGUAACGCUCCCUCGCCGGCGGCCACCUCCUCCCUCGCCAUCGCUGAAAUGGUGGCAGACGAGGUGGAGAGCCGUUUCGCGCUGUAGAGCGACAUGGUGAUCGCAGAAGGAAAAAACAAAAUAAUCCAGCUUGAGGCGGCUAAGGAAACCAUGUUAUAUCAAGCCGUCACUACCUCAGCAUCACUGUCACCAUGGACACAUUUUUAUUCCAGGUCAGGCCUUAAUUUAGGGGGGAAGUAUCACAUAUUUGAUAUUUGAUCUUUUUAAGACUUUUUACUUUAGUAAUGCUGUUUUUAAAUUGCGUAAUAUGUUAACGCCACCUCAUUUCAAGUAAAAACUAUUUUUUCUGCACUACAUUUCUAUCUAAAAAGAAAGUGCAUCAUGAGUUACUGUUAGUGAAGCUUCAAUAAUAUGUGAACAUAACUUUUUUUGGUGAUUGACCAUUUUUGAUAUGCUACAUCUACCGAUUAUUUACAUUGUCAAUUAAUCCGUUGAUUAUUUUCUCGAUUAAUCGAUUAGUUGUUUGGUCUAUAAAAUGUCAGAAAAAGGUGAAAAAUGUUGAUCAGUGUUU